AUGCGUGUCUCUCGUAUUUUCUUCAUCGUCUGUGCCAUCGUGGGCAGUACUGCUACUGCGGUGGUGGAGCUCGGCAGCAGCAACUUUGCCGCUACCGUCGCGCAUGAGCCGCUACUCUUGGUCGAGUUCUAUACCCCAUGGUGUGGACACUGUAAGGCGUUGGAGCCCGACUUUGCAAAAGCCGCGGCCGCGCUGCAGGGGACGGCCAAGUUAGCUCGAGUGGAUUGCAGCGUGCAGCAUGAUGUAUGCAGUGCCCAAGACAUUUGA